AUGCCCCGGUUUCUCGCCCAGCAGUCGACGGUCACUGCCAGCUGCUACACCGUCAACUCUUCCAGUGGCAACGUUUACGGUUUCCACUACUGCUCUACUCUGGGCGCCGGUAUGCCAGAACACUCUCGUGACUCCUUCUCCGAGCACAGUGGUAUCCCUGAGGUCCCUUCGGGAUCUAAAAUCUCCACCCCAAGACCUCCCCUGGAGUACGCCGCUUCCAGCGGCGCACUCAGCUGGACCGGGACCAACGGGCCCGAGUCUCACGCCAAAGGGGAGGCGGCGUACACCAUCCCGGAAGAGUGUGAGAGGCUCUUCUGUGACACACUGGCCACGACUUUCCUUGGUGAGAGGAUCGACGUCGGACAGGAGUCACUGGGGAUGGGUACGUUUCAACAGACUCAAGCCAGUCAACAUCAUCGUCCCGCAUCUUAUUAUCGUCAACGACCGUCUCAUCGGUCGAUUGAGAAAUGGAUCGAAGUCUGGGAUUACAGUGGCGAUGCCAUCUAUCGCGGCUUCGUCACGGGCGAGGGAGACGAGCGUACGCUGUUUGUCUUUCUCGAGGAUGGGACCAUUGGUCAGGGAUUGAAAUCUGGACUCAUCGCACUCUUUGAAUUGGCCGGAUCCGACGCCUUUGAUUGCACCCAGAUCGUCGCCUGCGUCAACCGGUCUCAACAUACCGACGAAAUGGAACUUGUCCGUAGCCUUGGAUGGUGCGGAUUCAACCUGACCACCCUGGAUCCUUGGAUUCAGGGAACAUCGGGUGCGGCAGGUCCAGCGGUCAGUACGAAAUGGCUAUUCUUGGUGGCCGAAGUGUAA